CCUCCUCUUCUUCAAAACCCUAGCAGCCACUCGCCGGCGACUCCUUCACCGCCGCUUUUCGCCAUCCAUCCUAGGGGUUGUUGCUAGGGUUGCCAUUCAAUGGGGAAGAAGCGAAAGCAAGCGGAAGUGCAAGAAGUGGUGAAGAAGGAUGACACCGCCCCGCCGCGCCCCAAAAGGACUCUUUUAGGGUGGAAAGAUGGAGCCGUUGUGAAGAAAAGCGAUUCAGCGGUGUUUAGGAACAAAGAGAAGGUCCUUGUGACGUGCUCGCGGAGAAUUAAUUCAAGGUAUCGGCAUUUGAUGAUGGAUGUGGUGUCUUUGUUGCCACAUUGCAAGAAGGAUAGCAAGGUUGAAUCCAAGGAGACUAAAGGGGCUACUCUUAAUGAAAUUGUUGAGCUGAGGAAUUGCUCAUCCAUCUUGUUUUUUGAGUGCAGAAAGCAGAAAGAUCUUUAUCUUUGGAUGGCCAAGUCCCCGGGUGGACCUUCUGCUAAGUUUUUAGUUAAUGCUGUGCAUACCAUGGAAGAAUUAAAGCUUACUGGAAAUCAUCUCAAAGGAUCAAGGCCAAUAUUAACUUUCUCUUCAAAUUUCGAUGAGGAACCUCACUGGAAGCUUCUGAAGGAGUUGAUAAUGCAGACUUUCGGAACACCAAAAGAUCAUGGAAAAGCUAAACCUUUUCAUGAUCAUGUUUUUGUGUUUUCAAUAGUUGAUCGCCACAUUUGGUUUAGGAACUACCAGAUUUCGGUUCCUCAUAAUGAAAUCGAUAAAGUGGAUCGCGGAGGUUUAGAUAAAAUGACCCUUGUAGAGGUUGGCCCAAGGUUUUGCCUGAAUCCAAUCAAGAUAUUUGGGGGCAGUUUUGGUGGUCCAACUUUGUAUGAAAACCCAUUAUACAUAUCACCAAAUCUGGAACGGGCCCAGCUGAAGAGGGAGAAGGCCACGAAGUAUGUGAAGAAGGUCAAGGCCAAGACAAGGAGGAAGAUGCAUGUAAUGGAAAACCCUCUGGAGCCUGAUGAGUUUGCUGAUUUAUGGAAAGAAUGAUCUUUUGGCAGUUGCCGAGCCUGCUGAUGAAUGAAAAUCAGAUGUACUUCAUUGCAUCUUCAGUUUGUUGAAUUAAUUAGAAUUGAAAAUUGAUGCUUUUAGAUGGUGUGAGGAGCUCACAAGGAUUUAGAGCAAGAGUUUUGUUCUUGAUAUGUUACAUAAUCAAGGGAUUGUUACCAUAUGAAUCUCAAUGCUUUUCUAUUUUGUUUCAUUUUGAUAAGCAGUUGAGAUGAAUUUGUUCUGAA